GGUCAGUGUAUUUCCCGGCCGCCGUCUGGAAUAGCGCACAGACUUAUGUUUCUAUUUGUGACACGGACCCGUUUGCAGACAAACAGAGCGGGAGAGCGCGAUUCGUUGAGACGACGUGCUCCGGUUCGGCUGAGAGACGGCGGGUUUGGAGCAGCGCGUAAAUCCGGUAACGUAGUGCAGGAAUCACUGCGGUCGGUCAGACCGGUUCUUCGUCUUUGCCCUCAGAUGUAAAGCAGCUUUAAACAGCUCAGUAACAUGACAGAAAGUCGUCGAUGUGCAUCUAAAAGUGGCAGGUCGCCGUUGCGCUACUUUUUUGUUGUGGUAUGACGUCAUAGGGUCAGGCGCACGACCCCACGCCGGUCAUUCCUGCUCACCUGACCAGCAAGAAACUGCUGAGUAACGCGACAUGGUGUCAUUUGGCCGAAAAGCUAUAGCGGCGGCUUGAGCGUCGGGCGCGUUUUGUUUGGACAUGACGUCAUGGCCCUUGUUGGAUGACGUCACCGAGCUCACUUCCGGUCGCGACCGCCGCUGGCUCCACGAGGAAGGAGUCAUGAGCAGUCUUACGAAGAAGACGCGGUUUAUCAACAACCCCGGCAAUAAACUGUCUUUUCACAAUAGCGACUGGAACGAUGCCUUCAUCAGCCUUUACGACGAGUCCAUCGGGAGAGGGAUGUACUCGGACAGACACCCUUCACCUCGGGACGGGAUGACGCUGAGACUCCGGAACCGUGACAACCCUGCCUCGGACAUCCUUCCCAGGGGCCAUCUGGGCCCAACUCCUGUCACCAGCUACCUCCGUACCAGCGACACAGAAGACUGCACAAACCCUGCCUCGGACUACUACCACGGUAAAGAUCGCCAUCUGCUCCACAUUCGGAAAGUGGCCCGGUCCAGCGCCUCCAGACACCGGUUCGAGGUGAUCACCGAGCUGGGACCCGAGGAGGUCAGGUGGUUUUACAAAGAGGACAAAAAGACGUGGAAGCCCUUCAUGGGACACGACUCUCUCAGGAUAGAAAUCAUGUAUCGCAGGUUCUGCGAGUUAAACCCGGAGGGGACUUUGAGCCGUGGCGGAGAGGAGAUCUUUAAAGGCCAUGGGCUCGAUGAAGCGGAAGCGGCCGUGGACACCAGCAACGAGAGCAUUGACGUCACUGUAGAGGCCGUGUGUGUCAGAGGAGGGCUCUAUGAGGUGGAUGUGAGGAAUAAAGAGUGCUAUCCGGUGUACUGGAAUCAGCAGGAUCGUAUCCCUGUGAUGAGAGGCCAGUGGUUCAUUGACGGCACGUGGAUGCCCGUAGACGAGGAUGAGAGCGACCUCAUAGAGAAAGAACACCUGGCGUGUUUCCGAGGACAACAGAUACAGGACGCCUUCGAGAGCGACGCGCUGGCCAAGACCGUGGACAGGAAAGAUGUUCUUUCCCAUUUCCCCCCGUUCUACCUCCCCUUUCUAUUCAAAUGGAGCGGCUAUCAGACGAGCGCUAAAAGUCACAAGCGAAAGCGAUGUCAAGCCGUUCACAGUGUGCAGCUGAGCCGCAGUCACGUGGACUGGUACAGCGUGGACGAGGUGUAUCUGUAUAGUGACGCCACCACGUCUAAGAUCGCCCGCACCGUCACCCAGAAGCUGGGCUUCUCUAAAGCCUCCAGCAGCGGCACCAGACUGCACCGCGGCUUCGUGGAAGAGGCCUCGCUGGACGAUAAACCCCCUCAGACCACACACAUUGUGUUUGUGGUCCACGGCAUCGGACAGAAGAUGGACAAGGACCGCAUCAUCAAAAACACUGGCAUGCUCCGGGAAGCUGUGAGGAAGAUGGAGGAGAAGCACUUCUCUGAGCAAAGCGAGGAGCGUGUGGAGUUCCUGCCGGUCGAGUGGCGCUCUAAACUGGCUUUGGACGGCGACACGGUGGAGUCGAUCACACCAGAUAAAGUGAGAGGCCUGAGAGAUUUACUCAACAGCAGCGCCAUGGACAUCAUGUACUACACCAGCCCUCUCUACAGAGACGAGAUCACUAAAGGUUUGACGCAGGAGCUCAACCGCCUCUAUUCUCUCUUCUGCUCACGGAACCCCGAGUUCGAGAGCAGAGGCGGAAAAGUGUCCAUCAUCUCCCACUCGCUGGGCUGCGUGAUCACCUUCGAUAUCAUGACGGGCUGGGAUCCGGUGCGCUUCUGUUUGCAAGAACACCGCGAUCAGCUGGCGGGCGAAGAUUUGCUCUGGACCACUCACGAAGAGCGCCACCUGCUGGAGGAAGUGCAGCUGACCAGACAAAGGUUAAGGGAACUGCAAGAUCAGCUUCAGGACCUGAAGGCAGCGAAGCCCACACCCUUCCCUACGUUAAAGUUUAAGGUGGAGAACUUCUUCUGCAUGGGUUCUCCUCUGGCUGUGUUUCUAGCUUUGAGAGGCAUCCGGCCCGGAAACACCGGAGACCAGGACCACAUCAUGCCUAAGUCCAUGUGCCGGCGUCUCUUCAACAUCUUCCACCCGACCGAUCCUGUGGCCUAUCGACUGGAGCCUCUUGUUUUAAAGCACUAUAGCAAUAUCGCACCUGUCCAAAUACACUGGUGUAACACCAUCGGCCCCACCCCGUACGAUGAGAUCAGACCCACCUAUCUGAGCGUGAGCAAGAGCCCAGCGAGCGACCUGGAGAACGGCUCCAGUCCCAGCAGCUCUCCGGUGCUGGUCAGGAGACACUACGGCGAGUCCAUCACCAGCCUGGGCAAGGCCAGCAUACUGGGUGCUGCGAGUUUGGGCAAGGGCAUUGGGGGGAUGUUAUUCUCCCGCUUCUCCCGCUCUCCCAGUCUGCCCUCGGCUCUGGAUUCUGGGAUCGGUGACAGCGAAGACAGCCAAAGCACUUUUGCAUUUUCAGCCAUAUCUCCGUCCUCUUCCUCCUCCCUGUUCGAUGCAGCAGUUGAGAUGGAGCACCGCAUUGACUUCGAGCUUCGGGAGGGUUUGGUGGAGAGCCGCUAUUGGUCGGCCGUGACCUCACACACGGCCUACUGGACGUCCCAUGACGUGGCCCUCUUCCUCCUGACCUUCAUAUACAAGCAGCAGAGCACAAGCCAGGCGGAAAACACCAGCCCCAUGUAGCACAGACCGAGCCCUUCCCGUCCGCUUCGGGCCUCUAGGACGUCUCCUUCCCGAUUGGACGGAGGCUGGACUAUGCAAAGACUGCACUUCCCAACCUCGUCAUUGAGAAUAGCUAUUAUUUUUUUAUAAAACAAGUCCAAAGAGUGCACCUGACCCACAGGAGGCAUACGCACAGUCUCAGACCACGCGUCCAUUUCUAGGGGUCAGACCGACGUCUUUAAUCAGUCGUAACCGUGGAAGCCUGUUUCUGCCGCGGAUUAAUAAAUAAGGCAACUGCACCUUUUUAUGCCAGAUUUCGAACUAAUUUACAUAUCACAAGUCUGAUUUUCUUUUUCUUCAAGGUUGUGAGAUGUUGGGUCAGAGUCGCAGUAAAGUCGCAGAACGCCCCUUUGUUUUUCUCCUGCGGUGGAAACAAGCUUUCUUGCACAAUAAACCCCUAAUAAUGGCUGGCACUUACUUAACUUUUGACUCGAGGGAACAAUGUCUAUUUAAUGCAAUAAGAAGCACAACUAAAUGUCUAUGGUUAAGAAAAUUCUAUUUUUAUGCAGAACGGCACUCGAGGUUUCUUCGUCAUGUUCUCACGACUGCAUGGUGAUGUGGUCUGACCUUAUUUCUUUCUUUCUGUGCACAUGAUUAUGAACGGAGGGGCAGAUAGUUCAGUCUGUUUCUGGUUUGAGAGCAGGGGCUGUUGAUUGGGAGAAACUUAUGAAACCUGCCCAGAGUCGCAUUUCACCCCUCAGGAAGUGUUUUUUUUUUUUUUUAAACAUAAUUAAUUAUUUUGUAAGAAUAUGGACCGAAGAGCUUAGUUUUCAUGAGAAUAAUCUCACAAUUAUUUUUCUUUAAGCAUCUUUUUCUGUUUAUUGUUCUUGACAGGCUUUCACGGGGUUCCCCCUUCACUAGUUUUAGCAUUUAUAUGUGCCAUGAAUAACAGCACUGUUAAACAUAGAAGCUGUGUGUGUGUGUGUGUGUGUGUGUGUGUGUGUGUGUGUGAGAGUGUGUGUGUGUGUGUGUGUGUGAGAGAGAGUGUGUGUGUGUGUGAGAGAGAGUGUCUCUGUG